AUGCUUCUCACCUCCAUCUCCGCUCUUGCUCUUGCUUCUCUCACCGCCGCCCAGGGCCACGGUGAGCAGUUUGCCCAGUCCAUGGGCCCCGUCGCCUUCCUGUGGCCUCAGGACCGACCCUGGGCCGACGAUGAUGACAACACUGGACCCUGCGGUGCCGGCGCCUCUGCUGCCAUCCACAACCGAACCAACUUCCCUCUGACCGGCGGCCACAUUGCUCUGGUUGCCAAGGACGAGGCCUGGGGCAUCCGAGUGCGAAUCUCGUACCAGAACAACCCCACUUCUGAGGACGACUUCGAGGACAUUUUCACCGGAAACAUUUCCGCCGAGGCUGACAAGGGCCACGCCUGCUACCAGUUCCCCGACAUUCCCAACAACGUCCGGGAGGGCCAGAACGGAACCAUCCAGCUGGAGUACAACGCCAUUGACGGUACCCAGAACAUCUCCCACUUUGUCUGUGCCGAUGUUUACUUUGUCGAGCGAAACCAGUUCCAGAACACCGGCUUCUCCGCCAUGUGCUUCAACACCACCGAGGGUGAGAUUGCUCCCGACUCCACCCCCACCACCCAGGAGGUUGCUGACGGCAAGAUCUCCGAUGCUCCUUCCGGCUCCGGCGCUCGAUCUUCUUCCGCCGCCACCUCUGCUGCCGCCACUUCUGAGUCCAAGAACGCCGGCUCUGCCGUCAAGGCCGUUCUCGGAGGCGCCAUUGGUGCUGCUGGUAUCGCUCUUGCUCUCAUCUAA